GUUUAUAAACACACAGUCAUUUUUCUUCGUUUGAUCGGUGUUAAGGUACGAAAGCUACAGAGUAAAUAUAAAAAAAACUUAGUAAGAAUAAAUCAUCACACAAUGACGUCUUGACGGACUAGAAGAGUGCUGUGGUCAUGCAUGCUGUCCUGUGUUGGAUCGUUGUCUCACUUGUCAUGGUCAGUGUCUGGUCAGAUACGGCUAUAACAUUUCACGUUAACGGCUUCAAUAUUGUGUUUGACGGGGUCAACAUUCUCAGGUUGUUCGCAUGUUUUGCUGAGUCCAGCAUCUACUGCGUCAUCAGGAUACGCCCGGCGUCCGUCAUCCAGCAACGCUAUGACGUCUACAACACGACAGCUGAACCAUCCAACGUUCGGCAGGACUGGAAAUUCAGCAACGUCUACAUGUGCACGUCGCCUAGCAACGCUUCGUCACAGAGUCUCUGGUGCUCGCUGGCCAUCAUAGACGUGCAGGCUGAUUACGUCAUGACGUCCAAGUGCCGUCAGUUUUACGUCACAUCCGGUCGCCAGAAUUCCUCAACUUACGCCAUUUUGUGGUCGCAGAGUUCUGACCUCAUCGAUUAUACGCUGUCAGAGAUGGACACCAGUGUGAUCAAUGGGGAACCAUGUGACAUGACACCAGCACUAGACACUGACACUACCAUAAGAUCAACCAAUAUUUCAACUACUGGACCUACAUCUCAAUCAACUACUGAACCAAAUUCUCAAUCAACUGCUGUACCGCAAUCUCAAUCAACUACUGCACCAACAUCUCAAUCAACCAUUGUACCAACUUCUCAAUCAUCUACUGCACCUACAUCUCAAUCAAGUACUGUAUCAACAUCUCAAUCAAGUACUGUGCCAACAUAUCAAUCAAGUACAGUACCAAUAUCUCAAUCAUCUACUGUACCAACAUCUCAAUCAAGUUACUCUGAAUUAUCUACUGUACCAACAUAUCAAUCUAGUACUGUUUCAACUUCUCAAUCAACUACUGGACCUACAUCUCAAUCAAGUACUGGACCUACAUCUCAAUCAAGUACUGUAUCAACAUCUCAAUCAAGUACUGUGCCAACAUCUCAAUCAAGUACAGUACCAAUAUCUCAAUCAUCUACUGUACCAACAUCUCAAUCAACUAACUCUGAAUUAUCUACUGUACCAACAUAUCAAUCUAGUACUGUUUCAACUUCUCAAUCAACUACUGGACCUACAUCUCAAUCAAGUACUGUAUCAACAUCUCAAUCAAGUACUGUGCCAACAUCUCAAUCAAGUACAGUACCAAUAUCUCAAUCAUCUACUGUACCAACAUCUCAAUCAAGUAACUCUGAAUUAUCUACUGUAUCAACAUAUCAAUCUAGUACUGUUUCAACUUCUCAAUCAACUACUGGACCUACAUCUCAAUCAAGUACUGUAUCAACAUCUCAAUCAAGUACUGUGCAAACAUCUCAAUCAAGUACAGUACCAAUAUCUCAAUCAUCUACUGUACCAACAUCUCAAUCAAGUAACUCUGAAUUAUCUACUGUACCAACAUAUCAAUCUAGUACUGUUUCAACUUCUCAAUCAACUACUGGACUUACAUCUCAAUCAAGUACUGGACCUACAUCUCAAUCAAGUACUGUAUCAACAUCUCAAUCAAGUACUGUGCCAACAUCUCAAUCAAGUACAGUACCAAUAUCUCAAUCAACUACUGUACCAACAUCUCAAUCAAGUAACUCUAAAUUAUCUACUGUACCAACAUAUCAAUCUACAACUGUUUCAACUUCUCAAUCAACUACUGGACCUACAUCUCAAUCAAGUACUGUAUCAACAUCUCAAUCAAGUACUGUGCCAACAUCUCAAUCAACUACUGGACCUACAUCUUAAUCAACUACUGUACCAACAUCUCAAUCAACCACUGUAUCAACAUCUCAAUCAACUAUUGUACUAACAUCUCAACCAACUACUGGACCUACAUCUUAAUCAACUAAAUCUAAAUUAUCUACUGUACCAUCAUAUAAAUCUACUACUGUACCAACAUUUCAAUCAACUACUGUACCAACUUCUCAAUCAACUAAAUCUGAAUUAUCUACUGUACCAACAUAUCAAUAAACUACUGUACCAACAAUUCAAUCAACUAAUGUACCAACACCUGAAUCAACCACUGUACCAACAUCUCAGCCAACUACUGUUGAAAUAAAAAGAAAUAAAUAAAAGCGUGGGUCGUUUGUUUAAAUACUUAUUAUUAUAGCGGCACACGCUUUUAUUUAAAGUGAUAUAAAUAGUAGUGCAUUAAUAUAUUUAAAGAAAGUAUUUUUUUAUAUUAAAAGUAGCUGCAGAUUUAUUAUAUUUUUAAAAAUUAUUUUACAUUUAAUAAAAAUUGUAUUAUUUUCU